GCCCUCUCCGCACACUUCACUCUUGACUGCGAUACAGCGAGCGUCGCGAUGGAUGUACACAGAGCUAGCAUGAUGAAUUAUGGGGAUUGUGAUGUGGACGAAAUGGAUAUGAAAAACAGGAAAAUGCAACACUGCGAGGAACGCGUCGACAGCGGCGUGGAUUCGCUGAAGGAGGACGAGUAUAGGAAACUUGUGGAGGAAAUUGAGAUUUUGCGUUUUGAAGACCCUACCGUGAUUCCAAAGGGGACGUGUGAAGCCUGGACGCAAGAAGUCACUGAGGAUGGAGACACGUAUCUUCACCUUGCCAUCAUACAUGAGGCGGAAGAGUACGCCGUCCAGAUUAUCAAACAGUGUCAGAACGACUCGUUCCUGAACAGACAGAACAACCAAAGACAGACUGCGCUGCAUCUCGCCGUCAUCAUGGAGCAGCCACACAUGGUGGACAGAUUGCUAAAGGCCGGCUGCGAUCCACGCCUGGUCGACCAAAAUGGAAACACGGCCCUCCACAUCGCCUGCAAAAGAGGCUCGCUGGCUUGCUUCUCAGUACUGACUCAGAUUCAGACCCAGCAUCUGCAGGCCAUUCUCAGCUUCCCAAACUACAGUGGACACACUUGUCUACACAUAGCAGCCAUUAACAACUACCUCUCGAUGGUGGAGAGUCUUGUCCAGCUUGGGGCGGAUGUAAACACAAAGGAACAAUGUAGCGGCCGAACGUCACUCCACUUGGCUGUGGAUCUGCAGAACCUUGAUCUGGUGCACACGCUAAUAUCUCUGGGAGCCGAUGUUAACAGUCUAACCUAUGGCGGGUACACGCCGUACCACCUGACCUUCGGCAGACAGAACAGCGAAAUCCAGAGGCAGCUGUAUGACCGGACGGCACAAGAGCUGAGGGCGAUGCCUGAGAGCGAAUCGGAGGAGAGCGAUGAGGAGUCCAUGUCUGAUGAAGAUUGUAUGUAUGACGACAUCCAGUUUUGUGGGAGAUAGUUUGGCUGUCAGGACAACGUUUCCUAUUAUGCAAAGCAGCAAAGGCUGUAGGUGCUCUCUCAAGGUCUGGGACAAGGUGUGCUAUAUCCCAAGACGCCAAUCCCUCGAUGGGACUCCGCCGAAGUGGAAAAGAAGAGCUGAACUCCUUCCAGGACAGGGGGGAUGUGAUGGCGAUGGUGCUGUUGAACACUGAAAGAACCCCAGAGAUCUGGACCAAAACCUUUACCGAUAUUUCUGAAACCAGAGAGUUGGGACAAUCUGUAUAUUUUGUGAAUACACAUAGAGAUAUAUAUUUUUUAUAUUUGUAAAUAUGUGAAAUGGAACACUUGUCAAUAAUGUUUAUAGUCUAUAUAUAAAUUUAUAUAUAUAUUACACUGUGAAAAUAUUUUUACAUUAAAAACAAAAGAAAUGAAAUGAA